GUGACAGCCUGGAUGAUACGUCUUCCAGCCACGGGCCCGGCCAGUACGCUGGGGUGAUGGACGGCAGACAUGUUUUUACAUGCUUAAAUGACUAACGGCAGGACCCUGGACAGCUUAUUAGGCCAGGAAGUGCUUUAGUGACACGUGUGCGCCAAUGCAUCAUGACAAGAGGCUGCUGGGAAGCCUGUGACAUAUGGCCCUGUGAGGAGCGCCGCCAGGUGAGCCUCAGCUCUGCUCCGAGCUCUCUCCGCUGAGUGUGACUGUAGCCAGGGGAUGUGGAGUCUGGUAUGGAAGCGAGAGGCUCUCAGGGAGAUCAGAAUGGCUCUCUCAGCUUCUAGAGACCAGCCUGACCCACACGCCUGACCCACACUUGGGGUUUCUCCCAGAUUUUAUUCACCUGUCUCAGGUAUCAAGUUAUACAGGCAGGUCAUGGGAACCGCGAUGGGUGCUGCAUAUGCUCCAAACUAUGCUGGCCUCUACCUGGGCAAAUGGGAGGAACGCUGAACGAAUUCCACCUGUACUUGAACAGCGUCAACCUCAACAUAAAGUUAAGCUUGGACUUCAGCUCAACCUCAAUCAACUUCCUUGAUUUGAAAAUCUAUGUGGACACGGAGGGGGCCCUUCACACCACCAUUUACAGGAAGCCCACCGACAGGAACACCAUCCUCAGAGCAGACAGCUUCCACCCAGCCAACUUAAUUUCAAACAUCCCAUACGGUCAGUUUCAGAGACUCCGACGAAUCUGUGACUCAGACAAUGAUUUUGAAGUUCAGUCAACUGACAUGUAUGAACGUUUUAAACAAAGGGGCUACAAGGACAAAACUUUGAACCGUGCAUUGACUAAAACAAAAUCAACUGAACGAGCCAACCUCUUCAAACCCAAACCCAAGAAACCUGUGAGUAACAGAACCUUUUGCUCCCUACAGUACAGUAACCAAACCAACAAAAUCAAACAAAUCAUCAAAAGCAACUGGGACAUUUUACUGAGUGACACUGCUCUGGCCCCUGUCUUCGCUGAACCCCCCCAGUUUGCUGUGAAAAGGGCCCCUACCCUCAAGGAUAAGUUGGUAAGAAAUUACAUCUCUGCUCCCAAACCAAAAACGUUCCUGACCAAACCCACAGGCACUUUUCAGUGCGGCGCCUGUAGACACUGCCCACACAUCAACAAGUCAACCACCUUCAUGAAUGCAACUGGUACUAAAUCUUUUCAUUGUAAACAAUUUGCCAAUUGCAACUCUACUCAUGUCAUAUAUUGUCUUGACUGCAAGUGUGGCUGUUUCUACAUUGGCCUCACUAAGAGGAGACUGAGGGACCGCUUUGGAGAACAUAAGUAUGCAAUCAAAAACUAUCCCAUCGCCAAACACUUUCAGUCCUCCUCACAUUGUAACCCUACAGAACUUAAAGUAAUGGUCAUUGAGGUCAUCCAAAAGGACAUCAGGGAUGGGGAUAGACUGAGAACAUUGGCCCAGAGAGAAUCCUUUUGGAUUGACACCUUAGAGGCAGUGAACUUUCCUGGACUGAAUGAGGAACUGGGCUUUUCUGUGUUUUUAUGAGAAAAAAAAACCCUGAUAUGUACUUAGUUUACUGAACUGUAACAUACUCAUUGUUUCCUGCUAUUCCACUGAGGUGUAUGUGAGGGAUCUGCCACUCACAAGGAACUACAUGGUUUUUUGACUGUUUCUUUGUCCUAAGCAUGGCUGUGCUAAUGUUAGUGAUGCUUUGUACAUUGGUAUUGUCUUAACUACACAUCAACAUGGUAUGUGUAGUGCUCUAGUGGUAUUUAACUUUAACAUGUCAUGUUGUGUCAUUUUGUCUCUAUGUCUUGUUGUGUCAAAUUUGUGUCAAACCAGUCACGUGAUUGGAUCACAUGACUUUUUGGACUUUAAAAACACACCUGUUUGAUACUGUUUUAAUCAGCCCUGAAGAAGGUCGCACGCGACCGAAACGCGUCGGCUUGAUGUCCCACUCAGAAAAAUAAAGGACUUUUAACUUUACUUCAGACGUGCCUCGGACCCUCUCUCUGCUCUCUACUUGUAUUCCUCUGGACACCGAUGAGCACCUGAAGUUUCACUAACUACCCACAGACGC